AUGAAUAAUCCAAAUACUAUGGAAUCAUGCUCACAAUCAAUAAAUACUAAAUUUCAGCUUGAAUUCCACCAAAGUCUUAAAUUCGGCGAGCAUUUGGGCAGCGGUAAAUUUGGGUCCGUUUAUCGUGGAGAAUGGAACACAAAAGGAAAAGUGCUAACCGUUGCCUUGAAAAAAGUAUCUGAGCUCCAAAAAGAGGCAGAUAUCUUAGCCGGAACUGAGCAUCCCAACAUAAUCAAGUUUUAUGGAGUUUCAAGAACUGCUGCUGAUUUCGUUAUUGUGACAGAAUUAGCCGAGCGCGGUUCUUUGUACAGCUAUCUCCAUGAUCCGAAAAACCCUGAUCUCGAUUUCUAUCAAGUUACCAAAUGGGCUUUACAGAUAGCAUCUGCAGUUGAAUAUCUCCAUUAUAAGGUUACUAAAAGAAUAAUUCAUCGUGACUUGAAGUCAAACAAUAUUGUUUUGACUGGUGAAGGUGAUUGCAAAGUGUGCGAUUUUGGCAGGUCCAAGAAUCCGACACAUUGGUCGACAGUGACAUCUUUAGCUGGUACGGUUCGGUGGAUGAGUCCUGAAAUGUUGUUGGCCAAUGAAAAUAAUAAGAUCACUAUUGCAACUGAUGUUUGGAGCUAUGGAAUUGUUCUGUGGGAAAUGCUUACACGAGAGGUGCCCCAUAAAAGUCUAAAUGAGCUCAGAGUGGCUUCUCUGAUUGCAGACAAACAUCUGACUCCGGUCAUACCCAAAAAAUGUCCGGUAGAAUUUAAACGCUUGAUGAAAAAUUGCUGGAAAAGGGUGCCAGAAGCACGACAUAAUAUGCGUCAAAUAACCGAUGAAUUGAAUAAAAUGCGAAAGAAUGCAAAAUUGAGCAGACAGUACAAUCAGUUCAUAAAGCACAAAAAUGAGUGGAAAUGUGAAAUCGAGGACCAAUCCGCAGAACUUAAGGCUGUAUUUCAAAAUACCAAACUCUUUUUGUCGAUUGCGAAGCGAUGUGUGAUAUUCUUUUGGAGGACUGUCAUACUUCGAAUGCGAGUGAAUUGUGCUGAAUAUUUUCAAUGGAAUUUUUGUGAUCAACAUUGGCAUGCUGAGUUGGAGAACUACCGGCCAAGUUAUUGCCGUUCUGUCAGUAGCGAUAGCGAUAUUUCACGGAGAUCCCACGAUGGGUAUGUGAAUCUGAUCUUUAAGGCAUUUUGA